AUGUUCCGGACAAAGGUAGAGUUGCUGGGCGCCAUUUGGGACAUCAUCAAAAUUCAACAGAUGGUGGUGGAAGAGAAGGGCAUUCUUCAUCGCGAUUGCAGUCUCAACAAUUCAAUGAUCAAAGAUGAUGGUGACAGAUCCCAUGGAACCUUAAUUGAUUGGGAGUUUGCUGUGUUUAUCGCUCAAGGUCAAAAAUACACUAGAGGUGGGACAGGCACAUUGCCUUUCAUGUCACGGUCGCUCCUGUUCCAGCUCUCCGAGGCUGUCAGCAGUGUUGCAACCCUUUGCUUCGAGUUCCCAUGUGGUCUUGAGUCAGUCUUCUACAUCUUCAUAUGGAUCUGUAUUGGAUACAGGGGUCCCCUCGGUGUUAAGUGUGUCCUUGACAAAAGCGAUGACUGGCUACUGCACAAAUGGUCCGCCACCACAUUCAAGGCCUGCAACAAUGAGAAGACUACAUUCUUUUACCAUUCACAUGGACACAAGUUCGAGGAGCAAUUCCACCCCUAUUUCAAAAACCUCGUCCCGCUCGUGGUGGAAUGGUAUGAAUUGAUCAGGAAUAAAGGACUGUCAAAUGCAAUAACUUUCCAGGAGAUCCUUGAUUUGCUGGACAACCACCUCGCCAGACUUCUGCAGGAGCUUUCCCCCGAGCUUCUGUUUGCACGGAAGGUCCUCAAAAGACUCCCGCUGCCUGAUACUCCAAGUUCUCCAGUUGGUGGCAAAAGCUCGAAGAAAAAGUUGUCAGACAGUGAUAUAGUAGAGAUACCCAGGCCAAUCACAGUUCGUGACAUGACACAUGGGGGUCGGAUCUGGACGAUGGAACCUACACUGCAGCCCAAACGGAACAGAACUACAUAA